AUGGUCGCGAUGGCUAUGCAUCGUAAACUAGGGGAGGUUGUCAAUCCAUUGCUAUCUAGCCGAGCUGUCACCUUCAUCUCCCGCGUUGCUCAGUACUGGGGAUUGAGGGUUAAGGAAAUCGUCACUAUCGAAGCAACCAUUACACGCAUGGUAGUGUAUUUCGAAGGGCUCUCUCGCCUUAUUACGCUAGCGGAAUGCCAGGAUAACGCAAUUGCAUCGGCCACUGUUGGAGCUUAUAGUGGUGUCAUGGCUGCUCUAUGCUACAUGUUGGUUGUGCCGUUCGAGAUGUGGAAAGUGGUUGCUAGCGCAGGAUCUGACGAGUGGAUCGAUGCAGUCAUUUACGCUUGCCGACUUCGGUUUGGACAUCUGGUAUCGAUGAGCCACUCUUCUGAGUUCCUAAAAUUGUCACAAUUCAACGACAGCUUCGAUACUGCCAUCUCAAAUGACUUGCUUGCACUGUGGCAACGUUUCAUUCACAAAAUGCGACACACGGGUAUUCGGUUCUGGAGUGAGAAUCGUGAGGUCCGCAUACCAAACGGCGUUACAGUACCGGAUCUCUCCUCGUACUCAGGAACGUACUUCCGAUUCAGUGCUUUUGAAGGAAUUAUCGACUGGACUGUUAUGAAUCCUAUUACAAACAAGAGCGGCAACUGUGAUAUUGCUUCCUGCGAGCCGACGAUCUUCGAUAGAUUCUCUGAGCAGGACUAUGAGCGCGGCUUACUGCCAUCGAAAGCUCAUGAUCCUAAAGUCAGUUCUUGUCUUCCUUGUUACUUCUUACGCUUACUCUUUUCAGUAUAG